GUCCAUUCCUGUUUACGUUCUGUUAAAUGACAGAAGUUUUGUUAAGGAGAAAUAAAAAGUUGUCACCGAAUAAAAUCUGACACUGGACAGUUAUCAGAUUGCCUCGUGGAAUUUGCUGUCAGGUUAGUGCUGUCCCGUGUUCGAUUCCCGAAUUUGGCAAUUGUGGGUUAGGUAUAGGUGUAACCAAUCAGGGCAAGAUAGUUAUCUUCGAGCACCCUGCACAACACAAGACACACAUUAUCUGACAGCCGGUCUACACCGAACUAAAUCUGUCGAAUAAACGUACAUUGGACAAUACAGUAAACAGAUUUUUCCAUAUUUAUUGCUCUCAGGAGGAUGGAUUCAGUUCCCGGACGAAAGGCACAAAUGGCAUCUGGGUCGGCGCCUGACCUAACCUACUGCCAGCCAUGCGCGGAGGACGGCAGGAAAAUCUUCUCCGAGGCCUUCUGUCCUGUCUGCAUGGAGUUCCUGUGUUCCACCUGUGCACGAGUACACCGGAAUCAGAAAAUAACCAAAAGUCACGCGCUCCAGAACAAGAGCAGUAUGCCUUCCUCUUUCCGCGGAGAGAGUGAAGAUGAAAUGUUUACAGAAACAUGUCAGCGUCAUGCUAAAGAAUGUAUCAAGUAUUACUGUCCGCGUCAUGAUGCACUUUUGUGUGGAGACUGUUUGAUUGAGAAUAAAGAGCAUCGAUCUUGUAAGGUAGAGAAAAUUUCGCAAGUGGCAAAACAAUACAAGCAGUGUGCUGAAUACAACAACCUUAAAACAGGACUUGUCCAGAUGUCCAGUGACAUCGGCAAACUUUCACACAACAUUCAGGCGAUCAUGAAAUCAGUAGACGAAGAAAGCUUUACCAAUAUUAAUGAGCUUCGCGAAUUCAGGACUGAAAUUAACCAGUACCUGGAUAAGAGGGAAAACGAACUCUUGGCAGAAAUUGAUCAGAAGAAACGGACAUCCAAGACACUGCUAGAUGAACUGAAAUUAAAAUGCACAAACAUGAAAUCAUCCAUUGAGAAACUAAAGUCGGAGAUACAAGCACAGGACGACAACAGCAACCAGCUAUUGAUAGUAGGAAAACGAGCUAUAAAAGAGCUGGCAGGUCUCCAGACAGCCCUGGAACAUGUGAGCAGGAGGAGUGAUGUUCCCAGAUACAAGUUUCACAGGGACCCCGCAACUGAGCAGUUAAUAGCUUCUGAAAAAGCAAUAGGAGGGUUGGAAGAGGGCGAAUCAACUUCGGUGUUAGUGCACCAACAACGACAACAGCAGACGACACAGGAACAAUGGCAACAGGAUACGAUGCAACAACAUAAAAAACACAUGAAAGCUGUAUCACAAAAAGGCGAAUCAACUUCGGCGGUAGGACAUCAAGAACGACAACAACAGAAGAAGCAGCAGCCACGGCAACCCGCGACGAUGCAGCAACAACAAAAACACAUGCAAGGUGUAUCACAGAAAGCCCACUUCAAAGGCAGUGCAGACCUAAGCCGGGCCAAGUUCAGCAGACAGCCUGACAUUUCAAUGAAGACAUCAGGUGAUAGCAGUGACUGCUUCCUGACCAGUGUGGCCCUUCUUUCCGUGGACAAACUCCUACUGGUAGAUCGCUAUAAUUACUCAUUGAAGCUGGUGAACACCAAUAACAACAAGGUGGUGUCGCAGGUGCAACUGUCAAGUGAUCCGUGGGGCAUGUGUCUCCUGCCCGGGGACAGGGCAGCCGUCACUCUGCCCAUGGAGGGGAAGAUACAGUUCGUAUCUGCUCAGGGAAAUAUCACACUACAGGAAAUUGUUAAAGUAGGUGGACAGUGUCAUGGAAUAGAUUUUUGUGAUGACAACUUGAUAGUGUCCUUCACCUCCCCAGCUAAGGUUGUGUUGAUUGACAUGAAGGGAAAGGUGAAGAAGAGUGUGGACAAAAACAGAAGUGGAAAACCUUUGUUUCAGCUUCCCUUGUAUCUGACAGUGACCAGAGAGAGUCCAACUCCGGCCAUAUAUGUAUCAGACUCGGGCACCAACACCAUAACCAAACUGAGCAUCUCACUAGAGGUGCUCCAGUCCUACCAGGACCCGACACUGACAUCACCACAGGGUCUGACAGCUGUAGGAGACAACCAGCUGCUCAUAUGUGGGAGGUACAGUAACAACAUCCUGUUACUGGACACGCUCACCAGCGUGAUAACACAACUGCUGGGGAAGGGGAAGGGGAUUGAGCGUCCAUACAGUGUGGCUUACUGUUCACUGAAGAAGAUGAUGUUUGUCACCUGCAGUACAUUAAAAAGACUGGAAUUGAAAAAUUAUGUGAAAGUACUUAUCUUAAUAUAGUUUAUUAUGAAGUCUUCCAAUUAAUAUGAGUGAAAUCUAUAUAUCCUGUGUAAAUGAAUUGUAGUGUGUAAGAACAAUUGUAAUGCAUACAUACAUAUAUGCUUAUAAAUUCUAUAUGAUUGAAUGUACAUAGUUUCACUUAUAUUUCUCAACUAAAUCCAAGUCGAAAGGUUUGACGGAAAACUUUGAAGUUGUGUGAUAAUUUGUGGAUGAAAUAUACCCAUAUGUUGUCUUCUUACCACACAAGACAUUAAAUAAAUAAUUUGUGUCGAAAUUGGACUUCUUUAAUUAUCACCAUACCACACAAGAACGAAGUAUGCGUAAAUGGGUAAAUCUUUAAUCAAAUGAACUGUUUAUAACGUUAAAACGUAUUAAGCUUAACUGUUUUAUGAGUUAUUGUGUAAUGAUAGUGAAAGAGCAUUGUAUAAUCUGAACUGUUUGUCAUUUCUUUAAGCAAUUUGUAUUUUCAUAAUGUGAUGUUUAGUAUGUGUUAACGUACGUAUCCUCAUAUAUUGAUUGAAUAUUUGUAUAGACAUUGACCUAGGUGUAAAUUGUUUUCCCAAAUAUGAUUCAAUAAAUUACAUAGACAUCAACCAAUGUGCAAAUUCUUUCCUCAUAUAUUGAUUGAUUAAAUUAUAUAAACAAUUGGGUACUAGAUGCCAUA